AAGAAAUUAAAAAUGCUGCCAAUUUACGUAGUUGUUUGAUCUGAGUUUGAUUCAGAAUAGGCAAGAAAACUUUCUAACCUUGACUGUGCUUAUCAAAUUGUAAGAAGCGAUGACGACGAUACAAAAAAAAAUCAUAAUCAUCACUCUCACUAAUUAAUCUGGUAAAUACAAAAAUCCUUACCAUAGCUAUUCUGGUUGAUACCCAAUCUCACAAAUCGUCAAUGGUAACGGUUUAUGAUUAUUGACAUCCAACGUAAGCCUUUGUGUACAUUCCUAGACAUCAACAACUAAACAGCAAAUUAACAUAAAUGGUUAAACAAAUUGAAACGAGAUCAAAGUUAAAAUCAAUGAAACAAGUAAACAUGAUUUUCGUCAUUUUUCAGGCCUUACUUCAUUCCUUGCCCUUAACUGCUUCAGCUAGUGUUGAUAUGAAACUCAAUUUGACUAAACUUUCUUAUGAACCUUGCUGCUUAAAGUUCAGCCAUUCAAAUGAUCGACCGAUACCGAUAUCAGAUUUUCUUAAAACCUUGACAAUGAAAGGACCAAACGGUGAAGGUCUUAACCUACGAUCUGAUACAAUUUACCAAAUAAACUCAACAUCUAUAACAGACCUUCUCGAUGAUCAUCAACAAGCCAAGCUUCGUAGAAUGGAAGAUGGAGCUUGGGAUUUAAAUUCAAUCAGCGAAGAAGAGUUCGAUACUUUAGCUGUUUACGUAGUGCCGGAUCUACCAUGCGAUGAAGAAACAACUGAAGUAAACCGUGCUAAGACUUCCCUGCCCAGGAAUUUAGUAUUAAAACCAUCCAAAGCCUGCAACGAUGUUCUCAGCGUUUGGGCCACAGAUUACAUACCAAGAGGCACACGUUUUGGACCCUUGGUUGGUGAAGUCUACAAACGAGAUGAGGUACCAGAAGACGCCAAUAGGCAAUACUUUUGGCGAGUCUAUCGAGAUAAAAAUGAAUACGAUUACAUCGAUGGAUACAAUGUUUCCAAAGCAAAUUGGAUGCGUUACGUUAAUCCAGCAUUUUCAUCGGAAAGUCAAAACUUGGUUGCAUGUCAAAUCUCAAAUGGAAUCUAUUUCUACACAAUUAAACCCAUCAUGCCCAAUCAGGAAUUACUUGUCUGGUAUUGCCGAGAAUUCGCCCAAAGAUUAAAUUUACCAUCCUCAGGGGAACUUUUAACGUGUCAAAAACUUAACAAUAAACAAGAGUAUUAUGGCGGUAACAAUGCUGUCGAUGGAAGCACACGAAGUGAUGAAGGAUAUCACAGUAAUGGUUGUCCAGACGAUGCCUCCACCCCGCCAGAAGAUAGUAGUGACAGUGACAGUGAUAAUAAUUAUGUCUUGGAUUUCUCUGUUAAAAGUAAAAGAGCUGAUAAGGAUCGCAAUAAAAUAACUAAGUUGGAAAUUAAUAAUAAGCAAUUGAAUGAUAAAAAUGAAUUUCAUCGUUUUAAAAUUAAGAUGCCUAGAGUUUAUAACUGUCUUGAUUCAUCAAUCAGAGAGCCUGUUCAUGUUAACGUAUCUCAACCUGGUCAUAAUCUUUAUCCUGGUUACAAGAAAAAUAAUUUACAAUUAGCUUGCAAUUUAAAUCUUCAGUUGCAUUCUCCGGACUCAACCGAGAAGACAGAUACUUUCUCAUCUACAUCUUCAGUAGCUUCAUCUUCAUCCAAGUCAUUUUCACCAACAUCAUCAUCACCAGCAUUAUUGUCAUCGUUAUUAACGUUAUCUUCAACCACAUCACUCUCAUCUCCAUCAUUAACAACGUCUUCCACUUCACCCUCAGCCCCAAAAGACCGCCAAGUUAACAACGAUUUUGUCACAUCAAAUGGAUCUCCUGGUUUUCCGCUAUAUUUCAAUAAUAAUAUUGAUAUUAAUGGUGUAAAGUUAGCCACCCUCUCCCCAACAGAAUUAAAUCACCUCAACAAUAACAAUAAUAACAGUAAUAAUCACCACCAUCACAGUUCCAACUCUUACCUUUCCCACCUUUCCCAUCUUCCUCAUUUACCUCACCUUCCACUCCUUCCCCACCCUCCUCACCAUGAAAGUUCCUCACCCACCUCCAGUAUAGCCACCAAUGAUGGCGCCUCUGCCGGACAAUUGUCUCCAAACUCAGCCCAUGGUCGAGGUUAUCGGUCACUUCCAUACCCAUUGAAAAAGAAAGAUGGUAAAAUGCAUUAUGAAUGUAACAUUUGUAUGAAAACAUUUGGUCAAUUAUCUAAUCUUAAAGUUCACCUCCGAACACAUUCCGGUGAAAGGCCGUUCAAGUGUAAUGUUUGUACCAAAUCAUUUACACAACUGGCCCAUCUUCAAAAGCACCACCUUGUUCACACUGGGGAAAAGCCUCAUCAAUGUGAUGUAUGUAAAAAACGAUUCUCAUCAACAAGCAACCUUAAAACCCACCUUCGUCUUCAUAAUGGACAAAAACCUUAUGCGUGUGAUCUCUGUCCAGCCAAGUUUACUCAAUUUGUCCACCUUAAACUCCACAAAAGAUCACAUACGAACGAGCGACCUUAUACUUGCUCAGCAUGUAAUAAGAAGUACAUCUCAGCAUCAGCAUUAAGAAGCCAUUGGAAGAAUACCUCAUGUCAACCCAACGAAAUUGACGAUCCAUACAUUGAUAUUGAAAAUUCAAAUUCAUCCUCAUCAUCACCGAUAAAUGCUCACAUCUCAGAUAGUAUUGCUCUUUUUGAAAGUCAUUUUCACAUCUAUUUCCCUAAAACCUUGACAAUGAAAGGACCAAACGGUGAAGGUCUUAACCUACGAUUCGAUACAAUUUACCGAAUAAACUCAACAUCUAUAACAGACCUUCUCGAUGAUCAUCAAAAAGCCAAGUAUUAUGGCGGUAAGAAUUCUGUUGAUGGAAACACACGGAUUGAUGAAGGACUGAUUGGUUGUCCAGACGAUGCCUCCACCCCGCCAGAAGAUAGUAGUGACAGUGACAGUGAUAAUAAUUAUGUCUUGGAUUUCUCUAUUAAAAGUAAAAUAGCUGAAAAGGAUCGCAAUAAAAUAACUAAGUUGGAAAUUAAUAAUAAGCAAUUGAAUGAUAAAAAUGAAUUUCAUCGUUUCAAAAUUAAGAUGCAUAAAGUUCAUAACUGUCUUGAUUCAUCAAUCAGAGAGCCAGUUCAUGUUAACGUAUCUCAACCUGGUCAUAAUCUUUAUCCUGGUUACCAGAAAAAUAAUUUACAAUUAGCUUGCAAUUUAAAUCUUCAGUUACAUUCGCCGGACUCAACCGAGAAAACAAAUACUUUCUCAUCUACAUCCAAGUCAUUUUCACCAAUAUCAACAUCACCAGCAUUAUCAUCAUUAUUAACGUUAUCUACAACAUCACUCUCAUCCACUUCAUCUACAACCCCAAAAGACCGCCAAGUUAACAACGAUUUUGUCACAUCCAAUGGAUCUCCUGGUUUUCCGCUAUAUUUCAAUAAUAAUAUUGAUAUAAAUGGUGUAAAGUUAGCCAGCUUUUCCCCAACAGAAUUAAAUCACCUCAACAACAACAAUAAUGAUCAUCACGGUCAACUGUCUCCAAACUCCCAUGGUCGAGGUUAUCGGUCACUUCCAUACCCAUUGAAAAAGAAAGAUGGUAGAAUGCAUUAUGAAUGCAACAUUUGUAUGAAAACUUUUGGUCAAUUAUCUAAUCUUAAAGUUCACCUCCGAUCACAUUCCGGUGAAAGGCCGUACAAUUGUAAUUUUUGUACCAAAUCAUUUACACAACUGGCCCAUCUUCAAAAGCACCACCUUGUUCACACUGGGGAAAAGCCUCAUCAAUGUGAUGUAUGUAAAAAACGAUUCUCAUCGACAAGCAACCUUAAAACCCACCUUCGUCUUCAUAAUGGACAAAAACCUUAUGCGUGUGAUCUCUGUCCAGCCAAGUUUACUCAAUUUGUCCACCUUAAACUCCACAAAAGAUCACAUACAAACGAGCGACCUUAUACUUGCUCAGCAUGUAAUAAGAAAUACAUCUCAGCAUCAGCAUUAAGAAGCCAUUGGAAGAAUACCUCCUGUCAACCCAACGAUAUUGACGAUCCAUUCAUUGAUAUUGAAAAUUCAAAUUCAUCCUCAUCAUCACCGAUAAAUGCUCACAUCUCAGAUAGUAUUGCUCUUUUUGGAAGUGAUUUUCAUAUCUAAUGCUGAAAAUCAUUGUCGUCAAACAUCAAAUUUCGGCCUUAUUUGUAAUUUCGGUAUAACGGAGAAA